AACCUGCUAAACACCACCUGGACAAUACACCGACUGUCCCCCCUCCACCACGGCAAAGAAUUCCCCUCCCUCCUCGACAACGAGCACGCCCUAAAAACAUACGCAGCGCGCCUCCGCGACCAUAUCACCGGCACCAGCAGCACCGGCACCACAACCUCAACCUUCAAAAUCAGCGGUCCCACCGACGAGAACCCAUCGUCCAGCAGCAGCAGCAAAACCGGCGCCCUAGUCUCCUGCACCUGGGACCGGAUCCCGACGCUCUCGCUCUCCGGCCACGCAACGACAACCACUUCCCUACCUGACGACAACACAAAUGCGAACGCAAACACAACCCGACGCGGCCGCCCCCGCCGCGCAGCCACCACGCCCGGCACGCCCGGCGGCGGCAUUCUGAUCACUUUACACUACGAGACGCAAACCUACCGCGCGGCGCUGCUCACGCCCUCGACCUCGACCGCGCUAUCCUCACCGUCCUCCUCGUCGGACCACAACAACAAAGCAGCCCCAAAACGAACCCUCCGCUCGCGAUCACACGCCCACUCAACGCACCUCCCGCUCCUCCUCACCAAGCUCCCCGCUCCGCUCCGCCAAACUCUCGUGUCGUUCCUGGCUUCCACGUUCGAUACCUACUGCGCGACUCUGAGUCUCGAGUCUGGGUUCCUGUGUGGGGCGUUGAGCGUGUAUACUCGUUCUCUACUUGGGGGUGUUAAUUCUGAGGACGGGGAGCAGGGGAGACACGGGGCUGGGGAGGAGGGCGUGGUGGAGAGCGUGUUGAGGGAUCUGCAUAUCGUGCUUGGGUUUCAGGGGCCUGUGGCGCCGGCGUUGAGGGCGCUGGAUAUUUGUGUUCCGCGGGCGGCGGUGGCGGGGUUGGUUGCUGGGGGUGGUGGUGAUGAUGAUGAUGAGGACGGGGAUGUGUUGGUCAAGGUGGGCGAGUAUCUGGAUCGGCAUCUUGCGAUGAAGGUGGAUUUGAAGGCUGUCGGAAACGGGGUAAGUCCGGGGGUGGUCCGGGUUACUAGGAUUGCGUGUGGGGGGUUUGUGCUGGCUGCGGAUGGGAAGGUGAAAUUGGUUGGCCCUGCUGCUGCUGCUUCUGCUUCUGCGGAUGGUGUGGGUGCCGGUGAGGAUGAUGAUGAGGGGGGCGUACCUCCUACUGUUGCUGCUGCUACUGCUACUGCGCUCAGUCUCAAGGAUCGGCUCACCCUGCGGGCUGCUGAGAUGUUGCUUCUGGAGGUCGUGCGUCGGGCGGCGGGGGUGGAGGGCGAGAAU